GGAAAACACACACACUCUCUCUCUAACCUUUUCUUGUAACAACUUAAUCUCUCUCUGUAAGUCAUCUGUUUUCUUGUUCUUAUAUUUUCUUUCAACACUCACGGAAAAUCUCCAUUUCAUUAUUAUAGUUCAGAUUCAACUCAACAUGUGUAUUUAGUAGAGAGAAAAAAAGUAGAGAAUAUUUAUAGGUGAGGGUCAAAUUUUAGCUGAGAUGAAAGAGCUAAGCAAACAAAACUCUUGAAAUUGUUUCUCCGAUCCUCUUUUGUUUACUAUUGUUUGACUUGUAGAGAAAGAAAUGUGGAAUCUAAACAACUCUCCAGAUCAUAUAAAGGACUAUGAAUCAGAAGAAGGUAAAGGUGUUGGAUCCAUUUCAAAUUCAAGUUCAUCAGCUGUUGAGGAAUUAUACGGUUCAGAGGAAGAAGAUGAAUUUCUCGAACAAAAUGGACUAAAAGGCAAGAAAAAGAAAAAUAUUCCUAGUAAAAUAUUUGGCUUCUCUAUGAUUGCUCCACCUAAUAAUAACAAUCACAACGACGAUAACUUGUCGUCGGAGAGUGAACCGCCGGUUACCCGGCAGUUUUUUCCGGUUGAUGAGUCGGAAAUCGGAAGUGGCAAUUUUAAUGAUAGAUCUUGUAGAUUUCCAAGGGCCCAUUGGGCUGGAGUGAAAUUCUACCAACCGGAGCCAUCUGCUAAUUCGCCAGCACUAUUGGGGAAGGGUAGUGAGUUGUCGCAACAAGUGCAGCCAAUGAAAAAAAGCCGGCGUGGUCCAAGGUCUAGAAGCUCACAGUACCGCGGUGUUACUUUUUAUCGGAGAACUGGCCGCUGGGAAUCACAUAUAUGGGAUUGUGGAAAGCAAGUUUAUCUAGGUGGAUUUGAUACUGCACAUGCUGCUGCUCGUGCGUACGAUCGGGCAGCAAUAAAAUUUCGUGGAAUGGAGGCGGACAUAAACUUUAACCUCGAAGAUUAUGAGGAAGAUUUAAAACAGAUGAAGAAUUUAACGAAGGAAGAAUUUGUUCAUGUACUGAGGAGGCAAAGUACUGGUUUUCCGAGGGGAAGUUCUAAGUAUAGAGGGGUGACAUUGCACAAAUGUGGUAGAUGGGAAGCUAGAAUGGGUCAAUUGUUGGGCAAAAAGUACGUUUAUUUGGGACUCUUUGAUACUGAAAAUGAAGCUGCCAGGGCUUAUGAUAAAGCUGCCAUCAAAUGUAAUGGCAAGGAUGCAGUCACUAACUUCGAUCCUUGCAUUUAUGAAAAUGAACUUAAUUCAUCUGAAUGUAGUAAUAAAGCAGCAGAUCACAGCCUUGACUUAAGCUUAGGUAGUUCGAGCUCAAAGCAAAACAGCCGUGAAAUGGAGGAUACUAAUAAGAAUCAAAAUUAUCCUUCUAUCCAAUUUGAUGUUGAUUGGCGACACCAAGGGUCGAAACCCAAGCAACCUAGUCCACUUGAUAUGGAGUAUGGGCGAAGAAGAAAUGUGUACAAUGAGACGGAAACGUUGCAACUCUUUAGCCAAACGCACCUACAUUCUCCGGGAUCCUUCAAGACAAAUAGCAAUGAAAUGCAAAGGUUUGGCCAAUAUAUGAGAGCUGGUGACUCCCAAAUGAUUCCACCACAAUUCACCUCCUCAAAUUAUCAAGUUCAGUUUCCAAGCAGCAGCAAUAGAAGAGAUACUCAACAAUGGCAAAGCAAUACUGUUCCUCCUCCUCACCUAUUUGCAACUGCUGCAGCAUCAUCAGGAUUCCCUCAGCAGAUAUUAAGACAUCAAAACUGGCCUCACAAAAGUGGCUUUAACUACUCUCUCACCAGACCAUCCAAUUAAUUUUCUAUCGAGACAGUCGAUCGAUGCAUGGAAUAUUUUGCGUCUAAGAGAGUUAGCGAACCGCACGCACCUGAAGGAGGGUUGUGAUGUAAACUAUAAUGUAAUAUAAUAUUUACAAGGGUUAAUCUUGAUGGUAAAAAAAAGCUUUUGAGAGAUUCCAACUCUAUGGAUAUAGUUGGUACAAAGCUAACUGAAGAAGAGAUAUUGAACUAGAUUUCUUACUCAUGUAAGCUGCCAAUUUAUACCAUCCACAAGUACAGCUACUAAAUAAAUGUUUUU